AGAGCAGCAGCAGCAGCAGGAGGAGGAAGAGAGGGCUCUUGCUGACCUCCAGCCCCUCAGACCAGGCGCCGUGGGGCACCAUGAAGGCCCCGGGGCCCCUCUUGCUCCUCCUGGCCCCUUCCCUGCUGCUGCUGGCUCUGCAAGGGCAGGAGCUGGACCCUUUACCUGUCGCCAUCGCUGCCAAGAACUGCAUCUGCAAGAGUGAAAACCGCUGCUAUUGUGAUGGAACAAAAGGCAAUAAGGGUGAAAAGGGCUUUCCUGGUUACCCUGGCCCACCUGGUUAUGUGGGAUUCCCAGGUCCAGAAGGUCCUCCUGGACUGCAAGGACCCAAGGGAUUUCCAGGGCCAGUAGGCUUUCCUGGACCUAAAGGUUCAAGGGGUAUGCCAGGAAUUCCAGGUUAUUCAGGUCCCCCAGGCCUACCAGGUGAUCCAGGAAAUGCUGGUCCUCCAGGACGUUUAGGUAUACCAGGGUGCAAUGGGACAAAGGGUGAGCAAGGAUUUCCUGGGCUUCCGGGACAAGUUGGCUUUCCAGGAUUACCAGGUCCUGAAGGCACCAAAGGAGAAAAAGGAUUUUCUGCAAAUGCAUAUGACCAAGGCUAUAGUUCUCAAGGUGAUCCUGGACUGCCAGGAAUACCUGGAUCUCAGGGUGAGCCUGGACCUCGAGGGUUACCAGGACUGCUUGGUCCAGAAGGCCCGCUAGGAUUUCCAGGAGCACCAGGAAGACCAGGAGUCCCAGGGCCUAAGGGUCUAAUGGGAGCUAAAGUAAUUGGAGCAAAAGGAAUAAAGGGUGACAGUGGACUAAUGGGCCCUCCUGGACCAACAGGAACAGUCAUCGUAACACUAACUCGAGCAGAUAAUGCAACGGAAUUAAAAGGUGACAAAGGAGACAUGGGUUCUCCAGGACCCCCUGGACCAACAGGAGCAUCGGGUUUGCCUGGUGAUUUUCGAAGUGUAAAAGGAGAUCCAGGAGACCCAGGACCUCAGGGUAGGCCUGGAAAAGAUGGGCCUCCUGGUCCCUCUGGCUUACAGGGAGAAAAAGGAGAACAGGGUUUCCCAGGAUUGCCUGGACAAUAUGGUCCAAAGGGGAUAAAAGGUGAAGCUGGCCAUCAAGGAAUUCAGGGUCCAACAGAGUAUUAUGAUGAAAUGCCUGGUGAAAAAGGAAAUAAGGGCUACUUAGGACUGCCAGGACUUAAAGGCCAGCCUGGAGCACCUGGGCCACAGGGUCUCAUUGGUGCCAUUGGUAGGCCAGGUAUUUCGAGACCUGGUCCAAGAGGUUUCCCAGGCUCUCCUGGUCUCAAAGGAAGAAAGGGAGAUAGAGGACAACCUGGUAUGAAUGCUAUUGGACCACCAGGACCUCCUGGAACUCCAGGACAGCCUGGCCCACCAGGAUCACCAGGUCGUUCAGGACAACCAGGUACAAUAACUUUUGAAAGAGGUCCACAAGGAACCCCAGGAAGUCCAGGAUGCGUGGGGCCUCCGGGCCUUUCAGGAGAUAACGGAGCAAAAGGUGAAGAAGCAGGCCCAUGUAACCAGUGCACCUACAUUACGGGAUCACCUGGCCUUCCUGGUGUUCCUGGAGCAGAGGGCCCUCAAGGAGUUAAAGGUGUGGGAGGAAAGUUUGGUCUUAAAGGAGCCCAAGGAUCGCCUGGGCAGCAAGGGCCUCCAGGAGUUCAAGGACUUCCAGGUCUUCCAGGAAACCAAGGCCGUAAGGGAUCAAAAGGUGUUCCAGCAUAUGUGCAUCCAGAAGGUCCAAAAGGAGACACAGGAGAAACAGGUCUCAGAGGAAGUUCUGGAGAAAAAGGGCUGGAUGGCUUACCAGGGAGACCUGGACUGAAAGGCAGGAGAGGUUCUGUGGGAGCACAGGGAUCUGAUGGUCCAAAAGGAGACAGAGGUGCUCAAGGGCCAGCUGGUAGUCCAGGUCUUCCUGGAGAAGCAGGACUACCUGGGGCACCAGGAUAUGGACUGCAAGGAAUGGAAGGUUCUAAAGGCUCUCAAGGAAAUCCUGGGGUGCCUGGGGUGCCUGGAACAACUGGUCCUAAAGGUGAACUUGGUAAGGUGAUUACAAUUCCUGGACCACCUGGGCUUCAAGGACCAAAUGGUAGACCUGGUUUACAAGGAGUAAGAGGUAGUGUGGGAUCCAGAGGACAGCGUGGUGACCCAGGCCUCCCAGGACCAGAAGGUGAUCCAGGUUUAAUGCAGAUUGGAUUUCCUGGAUAUCCUGGUCUGAAAGGCAAUAAAGGACUUCAAGGGUCUACAGGAUUACCAGGUUGCCCAGGAAAAAUAGGGGAACCAGGCUUCCCUGGAAAACCUGGAAUUCCAGGAGAAAAGGGUGAGCCAGGUCCAGUUAUUCCUGGACAACAGGGCAGAAUGGGUUCACCAGGUGAAGAAGGUAUGGCAGGUGAUAAGGGUGAAAGAGGAUUCCCAGGACUUCCAGGACUUCCAGGUCAACAAGGUCGAGAUGGUGAUAAUGGUCCAAGAGGAGAACCUGGAUCCCCUGGAAUUCCAGGAGAAAAGGGUGUUCCAGGCAAAAUGGGUGACUGUCGUGUUGGCUUACCAGGACCACCAGGUUCAUGUGGAGUAGUAGGUCCACCAGGAGGCCAAGGAGCAGUUGGAGCCAAAGGAGACCCAGGAAUUCCAGGAUUAGACAUCCCAGGGUUCCCAGGACAAUUUGGGCUGCCUGGAAUUCCUGGCCCACAAGGAAAUGAUGGGUCAUCUGGCAAUAAGGGACAGCCUGGCAGGCCAGGAGUGCCAGGUAUACCAGGUCCAAGAGGAGAACUAGGCUUGAUGGGCCCUGUAGGUAAUCCUGGAUUACCUGGUGUCUUUGGCAAUCCAGGUAUCCCUGGAAUGAGGGGUACUCCUGGCUUCCCAGGACUGAAAGGAAGAAAAGGAUCUUCAGGGGGAAAGGGUGAGCCAGGUGAUAAAGGUUCCCCUGGAAUAUCAGACUCCAUUGUGAGUUCUGGAGAUAAAGGAGACAGAGGAGCUAAAGGAUUUCCAGGAAGAAAAGGACAAAAAGGAGAAAAAGGAGAGCAAGGUGCACAAGGAUGUGUAGGUCUGAAUGGCAUACCAGGAAAAGCAGGUCCAUCAGGUCCCAAAGGGGGAAAAGGACUUCCAGGAGUCCUUGGCAGACCAGGGUUGCCAGGACCUCCAGGAGACAGAGGAGACAUGGGAGUGCCAGGUCUUAGAGGUGAACAAGGUUCUGCAGGUUUGCCUGGAUCAUCAGGUAUACCAGGGCAAUCUGGUUUACCUGGCAUACCAGGGGAUAAAGGAGAACCAGCCUGUCCUGGAACAGGACCGCCAGGAAACCCAGGACCCAAGGGUGAUGCUGGUCUACCAGGAGAAAGAGGACGGAAAGGUGAAAGGGGAGCACCAGGCCGGCCAGGGCUGAUAGGAGAACCUGGAGUACAGGGAAAUAGAGGAGAUACUGGUUUACCAGGAAUUCCAGGGCUCUCAGGACCUGCAGGUGAUAAUGGUCGUAAAGGCAAUACAGGGUUGCCAGGACAAAAUGGCAUUAGAGGCUUUCCAGGGCCAAGUGGGGUACCAGGUGGUGAUGGAUCAGUUGGUGAAAAGGGUAAUCAAGGACGUGAUGGUAUUCCUGGACGCCCUGGAGAAAAAGGAGCACAAGGUUCUCCAGGUCAGAUAAUCCCUGGUCCUCAAGGCAUUCCUGGUACUAAAGGUAUCAAAGGAGAAAUGGGGAUGGCUGGUUUUCCAGGACCUCCAGGUGCUAAAGGUCUUAGAGGCGACCAAGGACCGAGGGGACCUCCUGGUAUACCUGGACAACCAGGACUUCCUGGCAAACCAGGAAUAAUGAUUGCUGGUCCAAAAGGAAAUAGAGGUCUCCCAGGUCUGGAUGGAAAGCCAGGUGUUCCAGGUAUCCCAGGACCCACUGGACUCUCUAGCUACAGUAUAAAAGGAAGCAAAGGUACUCAAGGAACAGAUGGCUUACCUGGUCCACCAGGAUCUAGAGGAACAGAUGGCCUACCUGGUCCACCAGGAAAUGAAGGUAUUCCUGGUUAUCCAGGUCCUAGAGGUGAAACUGGUUUUCCAGGAUUUCCAGGCAUAAAAGGAGAGAAGGGUAGUCGUGGACCACCUGGACUAACAGGAGUAGCAGGGCCUGGUGGUCCAAAGGGCUUACCUGGUCAGCCUGGACCAUCUGGGAAAGCUGUCUCUUUUCCAGGAAAUCCAGGACCAUCUGGGCCACCAGGAAACCCAGGAAGCCCAGGAGAUCCAGGGCCAAGAGGACCAUCUGGGAUGCCAGGGCCUCCAGGUAUAAAGGGCCAGCCAGGUCGUCCUGGGAUUCCAGGUGCACGUGGGCCACCUGGACUAAAAGGCGACAAGGGAUUUCAAGGCCAAAAAGGUUUGCCAGGCCUGCUUGGAUUUCCUGGAGUAAAGGGACUUCCUGGAUUCCCAGGGGCUUGUUCAUCAGGCCCAUCAAAAAGAGGCUUCUUGUUUUCUCGCCAUAGCCAGACAACAAAGAUUCCUUCAUGUCCAUCUGGGACAGUUCAGAUCUACAGUGGAUAUUCUCUUCUUUUUGUACAAGGGAAUGAACAAGCACAUGGACAAGACCUUGGUACAGCUGGUAGCUGUCUUCAAAGAUUUACCACCAUGCCUUUUUUAGUAUGUAAUCCCAAUAAUGUUUGUAGAUUUGCUUCUCGCAAUGACUAUUCAUACUGGCUGUCAACAGCAGAGCCAAUGCCGUCAGAUAUGGAACCUAUUUCUGGGAAUGCUUUGGAACCCUACAUUAGCAGGUGUAUUGUCUGUGAAGGCCCUGCAAUGGUAAUAGCAGUCCAUAGUCAGACAACUUCAGUUCCACCAUGUCCUCAAGGGUGGCAGUCACUGUGGAAAGGAUUUUCUUUUGUUAUGUAUACAGGUGCAGGUUCAGAAGCUUCUGGACAAGCUCUGGCAUCUCCAGGGUCAUGUUUAGAAAAAUUCUAUGCAAUUCCAUUCAUUGAAUGUCAUGGACGAGGGACCUGCAAUUAUUACUCAAACUCCUACAGCUUCUGGUUGGCUUCAUUAAAUACAAGAAGAAUGUUUAGGAAACCAUCACCACAGACUCUGAAAGCUGGAGAACUGGAAAAAAUAAUAAGUCACUGUCAAGUUUGCAUGAGGAAAUCUAAUUAAAGAAACCCAUCAUGCGAGUAUUAAGCUCAUCUUGUGGCACAACAAAAAUCUAACUAAACCAAAAAGAGUUGAUGAACUUGUAGAAAUGUGACUUAACUAAAACUAAAUUUUAUUUGUACUAUGAACUUGAAAAUACCGAUGCUGUACUAUGAUGAAAUAGUGCAAUAUUUUGACUGUUUCGUUUCUGGUAAAAUGCAAAGCACUUUCUUGAAAUAAGUUUGUUCGUACUUGCUGUAUAACACAGUUGUCACCUUUUGAACCUUGCCAUUUUGGGUCCAGGGAAAGUUUGUAUUAAGAUGUCACCAGUUUUUUAUGUGCAAGCACUAAAUCCCCUAUCUGCGAUCUUGCAAAAUGAAAUAAGCAGGGUAGUGUUGGUUUACAUAAGUGUUGUCAAAGUGGGUAUUAUUUAAGGUAAAAUAUUGGCACUUAAAUGAACUGACUUUAGCAAAAGAUUUUGUGAAGUGUUUGGAAUUUCACCAAAUGUAGAUAGGUUCACUUUGUGGUCACCAUAAGUUGGAAACGACUUGAAGGCACACAUCAACAACAACUCAUCUGUUUACCAGUCAACCCUUCCAUUCAUUAGGAAAUGGGAAGUUCAGCAUUAUUAUAUCACUGCAGUACUGGUGCUUCUUGAGUGGUUGGAAGGGGACCUACAGGUUGAACUGGUAUGUCAGUUACUUUCUAAGAACAAUAGAGAUAUAUUUGUAUAUUUGUAUAUUGAGUAUCACUAGCCUAACAAUGAAAAAUGCAUAUCUUGACUACUGGGAUAGUUUCAGGAUUGGCCAUCCCAUGCGUGAGUGUUAAAACUCCUUGUUUCAGAUGGCAAAAAUGGGAAAAAUACUAGGUAGUUCGUUCCAUCACCACUCCUGGGUACAUUUCCCUGGCUGGCUGCCUUCCUGCCCAUUACAAAAUGUUGCCAUGUUUUUAUAGCUCCAUCCUGUAUUUACUCAAAUGAUGGUUGAAGUUCAACUGGGUUUAUUUCCAGGAAAGCCGCUAUAUUUUAAUUUAUUACCUGUUGCCUUUGGGCUGGAUAGUUUAGUCUCAGUGCAAGUAAUGGAAAACAGUAAUCAUCACUAGUUUUAAAUUACAUUUCUUUCAAUGAAAUGAAAGCAUCAGUAAUCUAAUCUAUAUCUAACCAGAGAACUGGUGCAAAACUGACUGUGAUAUGUUUGUAAAUGGCCAGUUUAAAUGGAAUCAGGUACAAAUCACCUUCAAGAAAACAAGUGAGAAAGGUUUCUUAACUUGAAAAGAGUUGGUUUUCUUUCAAGUUAUUAAUCAGUUUAACAGUGUUAACAAUAACAAAUUAAUACCACUGAGCUAGCAAAAUCUUUGUCCUCAUAACUCUGAAGAGUUUUCACAAGCCAUCAUGAUUUCAUAAAUGUGCAUCAAAUGUAGAUACUACAGUACGGGGCCAUAGGAGCAGCUUGAAGCUGCCUCUUCCAAAGAUGGAUGGGGGCUGUGGCGAACACACACCACAGCUCAAAUCUGCCUUGAAGAUGUCUGAAAAAGGAGUGGCAAAGAACGGCUCCUUUUUUGGCCAGGGAAAAGGCAGCUUUUCCCACCCUGCCACAUCCCCAUGGUGGUUUCAAACUGCUCUGGCGGCAUGCAGCAUAUAAAUGCCACGUUGCCAGAGCAUCUUGAAACUGGCCAUGUCUGGGCAGCCACCCAACUUCUGGGCAGCUUCAGGGCGGUGUGGGAGUGUGCAGGGUAUAAAAUCAUUCUCUCAAGUUUCCUGGAUAUCAGCUUUAAAGGGCCAUCUGUUUCGGCUCUAAGUCACUUCUAUGGUAUUUUUCCUACUGCAGUAAAUUAACAGAACACUCCUUUUCAUCUCUGUUCUAUCAUUUGAGAUUUUCCUAUUUAAAGUUUUGUGGGCAUCAGUUAUGUUUGAGAAGAUCAGCUGAAUUUCAUCAUAUUCCAUCCAGUGAAAUCCAGUCACCUAAACAAAACCACUCUCAAGUAUCUUCAAUCAUGAAAAAGAUUUAAAUAGAGCAUUGGUUUUAAAUGGAGUGACUGUACAAUCUUCUGCUUGUUUAUUCUGAAACAAGUCUUCCUGUGCUCAUUGUGACUUAGUGGCUAGUAACGGUGUUUAGAGUUACACCUUAGGUAACUAAUACUGACCAGCAAAGAAGAUUCCUGGUGAUGUAAAACAUUUUCUUCAGUAUGAAAAUGCACUGCAAGGCACAUCCAACUCCUAUUGAACUUGAGGUCAGAAUCUAAUGAAGGAGGCAAAUACAUAUCCCUCUGGGGCCACUAAUCACUACAGUGCAACAAAACAACUACCAUUGGAUCAAGGCUGUUAUUAUUACUGUUGUAUAGUUUAUGUGUAGCUCUGAAUGUUUUGUAUUUAUAAUAUUGCACUUGAAAAAUUAUGGAAAAUAAUUAUUAAAAUUAACACUAAGGAUGGUCAUAUUUGUGAUACUUGCACAACUAGCAGCAAUGUAAUGCUCAGCCAUACUAUCAGAUUUCAUUAACUUGCAGACUUAUAUUAAUGUAUUAAUUUAAUGCAACAUACACGGUGCAGUCCUAUUCAUGCUUACUCAGAAGUCCCACUAUACUCAGUAGGACCUAACCCCUGGUAAGUGUAGAAAUCUUCCUCCUUGGAAGUCUUUAAACAGAGGCUGGAUGUCCAUCUGUCAGGUAUACUUUGAGAGUUCCUGCAUGGCAGGGGUUGGACCAGAUGGCCCUUGGGGUCUCUUCCAACUCUAUGAUUCUAUGAUUCUGUUAUUCUAAUCUAGUGAAAUAUCAUGAUCUUCCUUAUUAAAAUGUACUUUUGGAAGUAUGUUUUUUAUUUAAUUUUCAUUUUAAUUAUUCCAAUGUCUAUCUUUAACUGUGGGCUUUUACAGUGAAAUUCCGUUCAUAUUUCAUCAGGAGUUAAUUUCAAUGAGUCCCGUGAGGCUUGUUCCCAAGUAUGUGUUCAUAGAAUUGCAUCUACAGUGGUUUAACAUUGCAUCACUAUUAUUAUUGUAAGACCUGUUGUGAUGGGAAAUAAAUGCUUACACUAGAAUUAUUAACCAUGGAAUUGCUGCAACAUCACAAAUCAUUAUGUUACAUUGUAGACCAGAAAGGUGUCAUUUGAACUGCAACAAGAUAAGACAAUGCAAGCAUUUUGGCUUCAGCAGUAAAUAAAAUGCUCCCUGAAAUAAA